AUGGAAGCUUCACUUCCUUACCACGAGCCCUCAAUAACAACCAUUGCCGUACUUUCAGGGUUUCUGAUUCUCUUGAAUCUAAUCAAUCAUGGUCUCGAUAAACUUGCCUACUGUGGUCUAAUUGGCCAAGUCGCAAUAGGGAUAGCUUGGGGUACGCCAGGGUCGAAAUGGCUAUCUCGCGAUGUUGAAAGUGCUGUAGUACAGCUAGGAUACCUUGGUUUGAUUCUUGUAGUAUUCGAAGGAGGCCUUUCAACUUCUUUCAAAUCUCUAAAAGCUAACCUCGGUCUCUCAUCUGCCGUUGCGACGACUGGAAUCUUGCUUCCUAUCGGCUUCUCUUUCGCAGUCAUGUCUAUGCUCAACGCAACUCCCCUUCAAGCCUUUGCAGCAGGCGCCGCACUUUGCUCUACAAGUCUUGGCACAACAUUCACCAUCCUCGGCACAAGCGGCCUUUCUUCAACUCGUCUCGGCAUCGUCUUGACCAGUGCUGCCAUGAUGGAUGAUGUGGUUGGCCUUAUCAUGGUCCAGGUUAUCUCUAACCUCGGUGGCGAUACUUUCGACGCCUUCACUGUUGUUAGACCAAUUACUGUCUCUCUGUCUCUUGCGAUUGUGAUUCCUAUCCUCUGCAGAUUUAUCAUUGUGCCAGUCACCCUCCAUCUCAACUCUUACCGCAAGGCAAACCCAUCUACCAUGGUUUCGAAACUUUUUGGUAUGGAACAAACUGCUUUCGUUAUUCAUACAGGCUAUCUUCUUGGUGUGGUUAUUGGAGCAACUUUUGCUGGUACUUCGGGUCUCUUGGCCUCCUACAUCGCUGGUGCAAGCAUUAGUUGGUGGGACUCUGAGGUACAGCACUUGACGUUGGAUACAGAUAAUCUUACAACCAUAGAACCUGAAGAGAGUCCAACAAUCGAUCAUCAGAUUGGAGAAGGGCCUUCUACUCAAACGCCUUCACCCAAGAUAAUGAAAGGCGGUUCAGGUGCAGAGGUCUUUCACCAUUAUUUCGAGUCUGCCCUGCAGCGAAUUCUCAAGCCUUUUUUCUUUGCAUCCAUUGGAUUUUCCAUCCCUAUCACCCAAUUGUUCACAGGGUCCACGGUCUGGCGUGGUGUCGUCUACACGAUUCUAAUGAUAAUUGCAAAACUCGCUUGUGGACUAUGGCUUAUUUCCUUUGCCAGUCCUUUCCGGGCCUUCAUUCGACCUGUUCGAAAUAUUAUACCUACACUCAAAAAGUCUUCAAAGACUCUGGCACCUGGUGCUCAAUGCACUGAUAGCUUAGCACACGAAGGGUCCAGUGAUUCCAUACAGCAACCUCAAGAACGCGACAGCGUUCCUCUUCAGCCACUUACAGACACGGAUAUAUCCCAGGUCUCUCCUCACACACGCAACUCAACACCGAAGCCUGAAAAGGCGCUUUCACUUUACCCAGCGUGUAUCGUUGGAAUGGGCAUGGUAGCUCGAGGAGAGAUUGGGUAUUUAAUUUCAGCGCUGGCUGAGAGCAAGGGUAUCUUUGGACGUUCAGAGAAUGGCCAACCAUCUGAAAUAUUUCUCGUUGUAACAUGGGCUAUCACACUUUGCACGAUAAUUGCGCCAAUUGCCGUUGGGAUUGUUGUGAGUCGUGUUAGACAACUGGAGUAUGGAAGCAAAAAGGCCAAGGGCGAAAGUAAAAGAAAUGUUCUGGGGGCUUGGGGAGUCAGCUAG